AUGUUGAGACCUCUUCUCUUCACUGGUCCUUCAGCCAGGCAACUCCAUUUGCUUCUCUUGGCUCUCCUCUUUCUGACUUUCUUACCAUCAGUAAGAAGUGGAUUGGGUGCUUCUGAAAACCACUGUCUCAACCUGUCGGGCACUUGCAGAAGAGACAUCUGCAGAUCAGUCGAGGAUGAGAUUGGUGGCUGCCGAAGAAGGUGGAAGUGCUGUCGAAUCUGGUGGGUGCUGUUACCAAUUCCAACACCAGUUGUCAUGUCAGACUAUCAAGAAGCCCUUAAGCAUAAAGUGAAAUGA